CGUUUAUGAAAACUGUGAGCAUUCUCUUUGAGGCGUAUUUGUAUUAGAGAAAUGGGUGGGUUGUUGAGCACCCUGUUCGCUUCCUUCGCCACAUGGAUCCGCCCCACCUCGUCCAGGCGUGGUCCCCGUGCUCCAGCUAACUCUGGAAACCUCUUCAGAGUCCCAGGAUCCCUGCCCACCCAUGGAUACGAUCAGGAAGAUUCUGUCACUUUGGAUAUCCGACGUCAUAAUCGAGCCCAACUUGAAUGGGCCUUCAACACUUUUGACACGGACAAUUCUGGCACGAUUUGUCGCUCCGAACUUCGUGACGUCCUACGAGCUUUGGGCCAUAACCCGAGUGAGGAUCAAGUCAACGACCUUAUGGCUCGGGCCGACGAGAAUGGCUCAGGUGCUUUGGAUAUGGAGGAGUUCCUCAAGUUUUGCGAUUCUCAUUUCCGGACUUUCGACCCUGAAUCUGAUCUUUUCCCAGUGUUUCGGCUUUUAGAUUCUCGGGGAGUCGGACUGAUUCAAGUAAAACAUGUCAAAGAUCUCAUGGCAGAGUAUCCCUGGAAUAAGACCACCCGAUGGGAUUUGGAGGAGCUCUUCAGUGGGAAAGAUGAAAACGAAUCGUUAGAUUUUGACCAAUUCAUCCACCUGAUAACCGGAGUCUCGUUCUGAACGGUUUGGAACACUCAAGUUGGCAUCCAUCUCCCCAAACUGACAGACUUAUUCCCGUCACGUCAAUGAAAUGCACUUACUAACCAAAUGGAUAAGGCUAUUUGUACGUUCCCAUGUGGAUUUGUCUUGUGUAGCUCGUCUGAUUGGGCCUUGCUAUGUUCCACUUUGUUCCAAGUCUAGCUGUAAUAAAGCGGCUUUCAUUUUUCCCAA